ACACCCAUUCCCACAAAUGUGUGUGAAUGUAUGUGACUACACAGGCGCGUUGGGGAAUCGUCCGUCCGAGGCGCGCAACGAAGUGGCUGCAGGAAUCUCCACAUCGCAUCGCAGCGCCGCCGCAGUGACAAGGCUCCGCCUUUCACCGCCCUCACCAUGAUGCUCCAUGUCCACGCCGCAGCGCUGCCUGCUGGUGAGUGAGUGAGUGAGUGAGUGCGGGCCACCCAAGUGGUGUGAUGCGUGCGAAAUGGGCUCGAGAGGAGGAAGAAGAGGAAGAGAGAGAAACAUGGGGAAAGACAUGCGAUGCAUGUUUGCAAGUUAACAACUCUGUUGCAAUGUGCGGACCUUCUUCUGUGCUCGGUCACUGCUAAUGGAAGAUUUUUGCAUUGCGACUCAUGCCCUUGUGGGCCCAUGCCCACCGUUGCCGAAUCUGUGCAAUGCCCUCAUCGUUUAACUGACUUCCCUGGGCUGAAUGGUAGAGUCCACUGGAGGAGGGGGGGCUCACCAACAGGUGCCUCGUGUUUAGAAUUUUGUCAACCUCGUCGAGGAGAUUGCUACGUUUGAAUACGUCAGCGAUUUACAUGGGUUCAUCUGGUGGAUAACGUGCUGAUUCCUAUGGAUUUGUGACAUGUGACUGAAGAGGGGAGUCUCAGCCUCGCGCGUGGGAUUAUCUUCAGCAUUUGGCGCAGGUUGAGGUUGGACAGGAGGUGGGAUUGGCAAGGGAGUUGUGAUCAUCGAAGAUGGUGGGACAUUGUGGUCAAUGAGAGAGGGGCGUUGAUGCGCGGUUUGUAAGUGGGGUGUGGAUUAUUGUGGGGUUUUGGACUAGGUCAUGAUCAUGGCGGUAACGACGGGCAUGGAACUUUCUCAUAUGCUAUCCUCUGUUGCUUAUUCACGUGUUAACUCCAGCAGUGUUGCUGGAAUUCUUUCUUCGAGCCCCGUCAUUAGAGUAGCUCUUUAUGGUGGGUUGCAAUCGCGCAGAACGCUGUCAUCUUCUGGUCCGGGGCCGAAACAUGAACUCGGGCAGGGAUCGGGUCAGGGACUGGGGGCAUUUGGAAGUGGAUACAGAGGCACUUGUGGGGGGUUCGCGAGGGAGCUUGUGCUCUCGUCGCAUUCAAUGCAGAAUAGGACUGUUAGGGCAAAAGUGACAAACAAUGGCAGUGACCAGACAUCAUCACCUCCUCCGAAGGAACAAGCAGUGAGCCAAAACAUUCUAAGUCUGCCCGGGGCUAUUUGGAGACAAAUUCUGACUCCUUUGAGCAAUUUUGGGUUCGGUAAACGCAGCGUGUGGGAAGGGGGCGUGGGCCUCUUUGUCUUGUCAGGUAUGCUCCUACUCACAAUCACCCUGGUGUGGGUGAAGGGGAAACAGAUUCGCGCCAAGACGCGCAAGUAUGAGGCCGUGUUCGAGUUUCAGCAGGCUCAGGGCAUUACUGUAGGCACCCCAGUGCGAAUUCGUGGCGUAGAUGUGGGCAAUGUUGUCCAGGUGCGGCCUAGUUUGGAGAAAAUUGAUGUGGUGGUGGAACUUUCGGACGCGGGCAUUGUUGUGCCUCGUAAUGCUUUGGUCGAGGUCAAUCAAAGUGGUCUCAUUAGCGAAACAUUGAUUGACGUGACCCCGCGACGGCCAAUACCUAAGCCUACCGUAGGUCCCUUAGAUCCCAAUUGCCGUUCGGAGGGGCUCAUUGUGUGCGACAGGGAGAGGAUGAAGGGCGAGCAGGGUGUGAGCUUGGAUGAGCUGGUCGGCAUUUGCACGAAAAUUGCGCGCCAAAUUGACGCUCUGGGAGUGGAACGGAUGGCUAGCAUGGCCGAACGUCUCAUCGACGCCGUCCAAGAUGCCAGACCGCUGCUCUUGAAGGUUCAGUCCAUGGCUGGCGACGUUGAACCUUUGCUGAAAGAGGUGAGGGAGGGCAGCCUUCUCAAGGACCUCGAGAAUUUAACAAAAGUUGCAGCAGAGGCAGGACGCGAUCUGAGUACUUUGAACAAAAUAGUGUUGACUUCGGACAAUAUGGUGCUACUGCGAGACUCCGUGUCCACGUUAACGAAAACUUUACAACAUAUUGAGAACAUCAGCAGAGAUGUAAGUGGGGUGACGGGGGAUGCAAAGACGAGGAACAAUUUGAAGCAACUAAUUGAGUCAUUAAGCCGGCUUUCCACAGAUUAGUUUGAGAGCGAAGGAUGAAAAGAAGAUUUUUCAAUUCAUUUAGAACUAAAUAUUGAUCUGACAAUAAUCACAUGAGAAAAUCCUACAUUAGGUGAGGAUUUUUUAUGAUUAACUCGCAGUCUCUUGUAUGUACCUCAGUGUUAUUCAGAUAUUUUGGUCCUAUCAGAGAACCUUUUUUUGAUCCCUAGUGGGUUACCCAAUCGAAAAUGAACUUUGAUUCGGGUGUUUUCCGUACAUUGCUGCAUAGACAUACCAGUUAAGCUUUACUAAGUGUUUCCUGGUAAGUCAGAAACGUUGAAGGGGUUUCUGUAAUGUGACGUUAUUUGAGCAGUGAUGACAACUUGAACACGCAGCAAUGAAAGUGGCAGCUAGAUGCCAAGGCAUCUAAAGAUCUGUUUUCUGACGUUGUA